ACUAAUGUAACCGUAACUCUUUUCAAUAUUUGUUUAUUUUGAAAACUGGCGAGUGCGAAAAUUUCAAAUAUAUUUUUGAAAUAAAAAGCUCUUAAUUUGAUUGUAAGACAAUACUUUUUUGUUCUAUCAUAUUUAUACAAAAGUAGUAGACCGAUGUCUGAGAAGAGAAAUCUCGAUCAAAUUGAAUCAGAAGAUAGCAGCAAUGAUGAAUGCAUUGGACCUUCGCUAUCUGAAGCUGCUCCUGUUAAAAAGCGCAAAACAUUACAGUUCGAGCAGAUGUAUUUGAAAAACAUUCCUGAUAAGGAAUCAUACGAGAAAAGUUAUAUGCAUCGAGAUGUCAUUUCUCACAUUGCAGUGACUAAAACUGAUUUUGUAAUAACGGCUAGUGUCGAUGGUCAUAUGAAAUUUUGGAAGAAAAAUGAAGAUGGAAUCGUGUUUGUAAAGCACUUUCGUGCCCACCUCGGUAAUAUCCAAUGUAUCAGUGUAAAUUCUUCAGGAUCACUUUUAUGUUCCAUUUCAAAUGAUAAAUCAUUGAAAGUGUUUGACGUUGUAAACUUUGAUAUGAUUAAUAUGAUUAAGCUCAACUAUGUACCUGGAUACUGUGAGUGGGUACACAGUGCUGGUCAUGCAAUUGCAGCUGUUGCUGUAUCCGUUCAAGGAUCUAAAGUAAUAAAUAUCUAUGAUGGUCGCGAGAUUAAUGAUCCUCUGCAUGUCAUUGAUAGGUUGCAUGCUACUGCCAUUACAACGAUUAAAUACAACCCUACGUAUGAAGUUGUGGUGUCUUGUGACCGUAAUGGUAUGAUUGAGUAUUGGUGUGGUAUGAAAAGAGAUUUCAAGUUUCCUAAAUGUGUUAAUUUUGACUCUAAAUUAGAUACUGAUUUAUACGAGCUUGUAAAAAAUAAAACUUAUUCUAUUGAUCUUACUUUUUCCCCCAAAGGUGACCAAUUUGCACUCCUCUGUGCGGACCGUAAGAUAAGGCUGUUUCGUUUUCUGACUGGAAAAAUGAUAAGAGUUUACGAUGAAAGCUUGCAACAAUUAUCUGAGUUGCAACAAACCAGGCAGCUGUUACCAAAUAUGGAAUUUGGACGUCGUAUGGCAAUCGAGAGAGACGUUGAAAAAACAGAAGCAUUUGAUUCUGCUGGUAUUUUGUAUGACGAAAGUGGACAUUUCAUUCUUUAUCCCACUAUGAUAGGAAUAAAAGUUAUAAACAUUGAAACAAAUCGUUGUGUUAGGCUUAUUGGUAAGAAUGAAAAUAUAAGACCUUUAAAGCUAGCUCUUUAUCAGGGCAUUCCUAAUAAGUCUAAAGCUGCCAUUACUGUUGAGAUGACAGCUUCGGAAAAUCCAGCAUUACAAAAUAUUUCAAGUGAUCCUACAUUAUUUUGUACUGCCUUUAAGAAAAAUAGAUUUUAUUUAUUCACGUCUAGGGAGCCAGAUGAUACAAAAAGUGUUGACGCUGAGAGGGAUAUAUUUAAUGAAAAACCUUCCAAGGAAGACAUAAUUGCUGCUACAGAAUCCUCAAGUCAACAGGUGUUAUAUCAUAAUUGUAUAAUUCAUACUACUCUAGGAGAUAUGCACUGUAAACUUUUUCCUAAAGAAUGUCCUAAAACUGUUGAAAACUUUUGUGUUCACAGUAAAAACAAUUAUUACAAUGGACAUAUAUUUCACAGAGUGAUUAAAGCAUUUAUGAUACAAACAGGUGAUCCUACUGGUACAGGAACUGGGGGAGAAUCUAUUUGGGGUGGAGAAUUUGAAGAUGAAUUUCAUCCUACUUUGAAGCAUGAUCGACCAUAUACUCUUAGUAUGGCUAAUGCUGGUCCCAACACCAAUGGGUCACAAUUUUUCGUUUCUGUCAUUCCAACCCCAUGGUUAGACAAUAAACAUACUGUUUUUGGACGUGUCACCAAAGGAAUGGAAGUAUGUCAAAACAUCAGUACUGCAAAAACUAAUCCAAAAACAGAUAAACCAUAUGAUGACAUUAAAAUUAUAAAUAUUACAUUGAAGUAAAACAAUGUAAAUAAAUUUAACUGAGGUCAAUAAUUUUGCUAUCCAGAGAAAAUUUUUAAAUCAAAUUACCUGUUCCUUAAAUUUUGUUUAUAAAUGUCAUUAUGCUUAAUUAAAAAAUUUUGUUUGAACUGUGCAUGACUAAUCUGUUUUGCAAUUAAAUGUUUAAUAUUUUAUUUCCUUCUUUAAUAUUAAAAUUAAUUUUCCCAGAUAAA